ACUGUGCGUGCGGAGCCGUGCCCCUGCUGUGGGACAGCCGUGUGCCCCACAGACGCCUUGUGCCCGCAGUGGCCCUACUGCCGCAAGCACUGCUCCUACUGCAGCUUCAACAAGUACGUGGUGCCGGCUGUGGACGAGGCGGCCGUGCGUGCCUGUCUGGUGCGGGAGACGCAAACUCUGCUGCGCCUCGGCCACGUGCAGAGCGUCACCUCCGUCUUCUUCGGUGGGGGCACCCCCAGUCUGGCCGCCCCGCACACCAUCGCCGCCGUGCUGGAGGCGGCUGCGGAGGUCGCUCAUCUCCCUGCUGGAGCCGAGGUGACGCUGGAGGCCAACCCCAGCUCCGCUGACCCCGCGCGCCUCUCUGGCUUCAGGGCGGCCGGCGUCAACCGCCUGUCCCUCGGCGUCCAGUCCCUGGACGACGCUGAGCUGCGGCUGCUGGGCCGGGAGCACACGGCGGCGGAGGCGCGGGCGGCGGUGGAGGCGGUACGGAAGCUCUUUCCUGGCCGCACCUCCCUCGACCUCAUCUUUGGGCUGCCGGGGCAGAGCCGCGAGGCCUGGGCACGCGUCCUGGAGGCGGCACUGGGGCUGUGUGACGACCACUUGGCCCUGUACCAGCUGACUCUGGAGCGGGGCACGGCGCUGGAGGCCCAGGUGCGGCAGGGGGUCCUGCCCGAGCCCGAGGAGCUGCUGGCCGAUUUGUACCUGAGCGCCCGCGCCACGCUGGUGGCCGCCGGCUUCCAUCAGUACGAGGUCUCCAAUUUUGCCAGGAAGGGCGCCCGCAGCACCCACAACCUCUCCUACUGGCGGGGGUUGGAGGACCUGGAAAAACUCCACGCUCCACGCCUGCCCCACGAUGCUGGGAGGAUUCCAGUCAGGAGGAAAUUCCUCGUUCGGAAAUACCAACCCAGAGAGACCAAAACAGCCCCGCACCUCCUGGUAGCACGGCCGGCGUUCCCGAGGACAGCCAGGGAGCCGCUGCGUUUCUCUGGACCAGCACUGUUCGGUGAGGGCUGUGAAGAAAUUCUUCCUCAUCAUGUUUUGGGAAGUCUCCAGGAGUUGAAGAUGGAAGCCUUGGCUAGAGGAAAUGCUCAGAUAGCAGAUUCUAUUCAGGUUCCUGAUCAACAUGUUGCUGCAGCAGUUUUAAAAGAGAAAUGCGGAGGAGAAACAAAGAGAAAGUUUCAUCAGACCCCAGCAUCAGAACAUAGAGCUCUGCAGAACUGGCACCAUAAUAUGGCAAUCAGGAAGAAGCAGGAGAGGUAUCUGGGAGAAAUUCUUCAGAAGCCAGAGAAUGAGUUGUUGAUGAGCAUCUCGGAGGAUUACAGACAAAUCCAGGAAGAACGUGACCUCAUUGACCGCAGUCUCCCUGCCCUGUUUCCUGGAAAGGGGGAAGCAGUGGCUGCUGUGGCUCCUUCUUACAAGCUGCUGAACUUGGGUUGGCCACACGCAUGGCACAGGGAUGUGUCACACAUGUUGUUCCAAGGCCAAAAAGAUCUGAUAGUUCGAGUUUUAGAGGGUUCCAUGGAGAGAGGGGUACAGGGCUACCGAGCAGGAAGCGAAUUCUGGAGCCAGCCUGAGCGCAUUGGGGAUGAACUGACUGGCCUGACAAUGACACUGACACGGAGAGAACGGGGCUGCCCAGAGCCAGUCACUCACGUGGGGAAGCCCCACACUGUUCGGAUGGAAACGGGUGUGAAGCCUCCAAAGAGGAUCCCUUUCCAUCUAACCUGGGAUAAGAGUCUUUUCCUGAAACAGCGACGGCAGGAGCUAAAAUCUAUCCUAGAGGAGCUGGAUUUUUAUAAGCCAGAUCUGGAUGGCCUGGAGGUGAUUGGCAGAGGGCGGCCAUUCACGUCUGUCUCAGCGCAGUCUCUUCCAUGUUCCACUGCUUUUGAAGAUUCUGAGACCUCCAGUGACUCUUUAAAGGACCAUCACAGUGUGGUUCCAGAAACAGUGCUGGGUCCAUCUUUAGACUUCUGUGGCCAGCCUGCACGCUGGAUCAACUGCAUCGCUUCUUGCAGGGAUGAAGUUGGCAUUGCUGCCAGGCUCACUUUUGAGACUGUGGUCGGUGAGAAAGUCGAAAGCUUCCUAACAGUGAGCAAUGAUGGUACAGCUGCUGUCUGGUAUGACUGGAGGAGGCUUCUCCAGCAGAUCCCUUCCAGAGAAACCACAAGGAUGUGCAUGCGGUGCUUUUACUUUGAUGCCAGACCAGGUGUAAUUCUGCCUGGAGAAACCAGGAAGUUUUUUUUUCUUUUCAAGUCUGAGAGAGCAGGCAUUUUCAGUGAGUCCUGGGAGUUCAGGACACAUCCUCUGUUAUUAGGAGGAGCUCUGCUGCAGGUGACCCUUUGGGGAAUUGCUGUGUGUGAGGAUAAAUUGGCUGACCUCAGAGGAAAACUGGAGGCUGACCUGGCUGCUCGGGAGGGUGCUGCUAUUGUAGAAGAGACUGUGAAGGACCUUCUUGUCCGAAUUCGGACCCCAGAUCGCAGCCCAUCUCCCAUGGGUGCGUACCUCACAGAGGAAGAGUUGUUCCACAGGAAGAAUCCCAAGUUGCAUUAUCAGCAUCGAGAGGUAGAGCAGCUGCAUGACCUAUGGAGACAGCACGUGGCUGCUCUGUCAGCCCUCAGGGAGGAGGUGCCUGCAGACCAAGAGGGUGCUGUGGAGGACGUGAGGUCCCAGCAGAGUGUCCCAGAGGCUCUCCCUGCCCAGAAGAGCACUGCAGAGGGCUCAGGCUGGAAGAGCACACUUGACGUGACUCCGAGUCAAGUGGCAAAUGUGGGGGAGGAGGAACCCGGCCCCUCAUCAUGGAACUUCUCAUUCGAGGACUUGCAGCAGGCUCUGAAGUCCAUCCCCCAGGAGGAGCAGCGAGAAGCAGCGCUGUCCCAGCUCAACAAGGCAGUGCUGGAGCUCUGUGCUGAGCAGAGACCGACUCAGUCAGACCUUCUGUAUCAAACCUGUCUCCAGCUGUGGCGUGAAGCAGUGGACGGGCUGGUGGGUCACUCCCUGAGGCUGAGGUCCCAGCUUGGGUUGCCUGAGAAGGACACCUACGUGGAUGUUCUUCCAGAGGGAAGAGGGGAAGUAAAGCAACCUGUAGAAGGAGGAGAAGGCGGCAAAAUAACCAGGAGAAGAGAAGAGAAAACAUCAGUUGGUAGUAAGGAUAAAGAAGACAAAAGAAGAACAACGAAGACUGCUGGAAAAGAGAAAGAGGAACAUCCAAAUAGCAGAAAGUCAAAAGUAAAAGAGAAGAAGAAGCUGAAAUCUUCCAGCUCGUCAGAAAAAGAGAUAGCACAGCCCACAGGAGCUGCAGCUACAGAUACUGUCACACCUCCUCGGGAGCAGACGGACCCCAUUAUUUGGGGGCUGUACCAGGAGAAACUUUAUGUCGAAGUCUAUGGGCUGCUGGAUUCAAUGGUGAGCAAGAUGGUUUCUUUAUUUGAAGAGCUAGAACAAAACACAGCACUUUAAAGUGGGAGAGUGAAGCCCUUUGUAAGUAGAAAUGGACUUAGUAAAUAAAGAAAUAGCCAUGCUUGCACAAGA